CUGCAACUUCUCCAGCCACUCUUCCAACUGCCACGCAGGGCCCGGAAGUAGAUCUCUUGAUAGCGGAACUAGAAACUUUUCGAGACCGGAAGUGAGUGAUGGCAAGCAUGGCGUCGGUGGUGCUGGCGCUGAGGACCCGGACAGCCGUUACAUCCUUGCUAAGCCCCACUCUGGCUACAGCUCUUGCUGUCAGAUAUGCAUCCAAGAAGUCGGGUGGUAGCUCCAAAAACCUCGGUGGAAAGUCAUCAGGCAGACGCCAAGGCAUUAAGAAAAUGGAAGGUCACUAUGUUCAUGCUGGGAACAUCAUUGCAACACAGCGCCAUUUCCGCUGGCACCCAGGUGCCCAUGUGGGUCUUGGGAAGAAUAAAUGUCUGUAUGCCCUGGAAGAGGGGAUAGUCCGCUACACUAAGGAGGUCUACGUGCCUCAUCCCAGAAACACGGAGGCUGUGGAUCUGAUCACCAGGCUGCCCAAGGGUGCUGUGCUCUACAAGACUUUUGUCCACGUGGUUCCUGCCAAGCCUGAGGGCACCUUCAAACUGGUAGCUAUGCUUUGAUGUCCUGUUGAGGCCAUCGGACAGAGACUGGAGCCCAGGUGACAGGAGAUGGUGAUACCAGAAGUCAAGGGUUGGGGUGGCGACACGGCCUCCCGAGGAAGAGGUCUGCUUGAUGGUGACUCUGCAGGAGACUCUGAAGUGACUGCUGGGAAACCCUUUGGGAGACCUGACCUGGGGCCAAAAAUAAAAUGAGCCAGCGUCAUGAACGCAUGCUAUUUAGGGACA